CGCCACUCUGCAUUGUUGUUGUUGUCGUUGCUGCUGCUGCUGACUUAUCGGUUGGCCUUUUUCGAUGUGAUUCUGGAGUCCCGCUGACAAUUUUGGAACGCUCCUUCAGUUGAUCUUUUGUCGGACUCGACCGUUUCCAGUGCUGUGACCUUCCCGUCUCUUUCAGCCGUGCAUAAAUCAGCGACCUCAUCCGCGCUCGCCUUUGUGAUAUAUUUGCGCAGCGUCGCGCAAUCUAUCUUACAUCACCACAGACUCGCACGUAACACACACUUCUGCCGUGCUGCCAUCCUCGCCAUGGUCCAGCAACGAGAGCAUGAUGCCCAAGUCCUGUCCUACAGGCACAUCAGGGAGCUGCCACGCGCGGACGAGGCCCUCCACAGCCUGAGGAAGAUAGCUUCCCUGGUAAAGCCCAUCAUGAGGGCAAGGGGUUGGAAGGUCUCGGAGCUCUGCGAAUUCUAUCCCUCGCAGCAAAAUCUAUUAGGCCUGAACGUAAACAGAGGUCAAAAGAUCAUGCUACGGCUGCGGUAUCCUGGUGACCGUAGUCAAUUCCUCCCCAUCGAACAAGUGACAGACACGAUGCUUCACGAGCUGGCACACAUCGUUCACGGGCCCCACGACGCCAAAUUCCACGCGCUGUGGGACCAGCUGCGUGACGAGCACGAGGGCCUCGCCAUGAAGGGCUACACGGGCGAAGGUUUCCUCAGCCAGGGUCACAAGCUCGGAGGCAGAACUGGGGUCCCGCCGCAGGAGGCCCGCCGUCUCGCUCGUGCUGCGGCCGAGGAGCGGGCGCGGCAGGCCGAACGGUCCCGAGGAUCUGGUCAGAGACUCGGCGGUGCACCGAUCCAUCGGGGCCAGGACAUACGUCAGGUCAUCACGAACGCCGUCGAGAGGAGAAACAGGAUGGAUCGUGGCUGCGCGAGCACUAAUUACACCGACCAAGAGAUACACAACAUCGCCGAGACGGCGACAAAGAACGGGUUUAGAACGCAGGCGGAGGAGGAUGCCGCUAACGAGGCGGCCAUUGCACAGGCGCUGUGGGAGCUGGUCCAGGAAGAUGAGAAACGAAUCCAUGGCAAGGACUAUGUACCACCUAGUCCAGACUUCCCUGCUGGCAACGGCGGCGGCGCCUUCACCUCUACAUCGAGGAACCGCGAAAGCUCGAGUAUACCACCGCCAGUUCCGGAGUGGUCGCGACCAGAGAAGCCUGGAACGCCGACAAGCGCGAGUCCCGAGCCUGACUUGGACCUAUCGCCCUCUCUCCCUGCUACGAAUGGUUGGACCUGCGAGAUCUGCACCCUACACAACCCGCCCAGCUUUCUCAGCUGUGAUGCAUGCGGGACCACACGGCCAGAGUCCGUGACGAGGCAACUGGCAGAGCAGGAGGCCAGGGAGAGAGCUGCAAAGCGGCCCCGCCCGACUCCCGCGGUCAGAAGUCAGCACGGGCCGUCCUUCUGGGAGUGUUCGCGGUGCGGUCACGUCGUGGAGCGGCAGUGGUGGAGCUGUGGUCAGUGUGGCAAUGUCAAAGAGAGCUCGAAGUAGUGAACCUGCGCGCUUGAAGGUCAUAUGAUGACGGAUC